UUAGCUUGAGUGAAAAGCAAUGGAUGUGGGAGAAGUUCGUGUAGCGGAUGACCGCGAUUUUGAGAAGUUAACUACCCUUAUUGAUGAAAAUGAUGGUUGGAAAAUGGUGUACAGUAAAAGCUCAACUAAAGUCUGGACAAAAUCAACACAGCAGACGAGCUUUAAAAUGAUAAAAAUUAAAGCUGUAUUUAAAGACAUUCUUCCUUCCCUUCUAUAUGAUGUUGUUAUGGAUCCAUCGUAUCGUAAAACAUGGGACAUAUACAUGUUGGACAGUUAUGAUAUUGGCUGUCUUAAUCCAAACAAUGACAUUGGUUACUAUGCAGUUCGUUUUCCAGCUCCUUUGAAGAAUAGAGACUUUGUGUUGCAAAGAUCCUGGUUAGACACAGGGAAGGAGUAUCUAUUAUUUAAUCACUCUGUCUUUCAUAAGCUGUUGCCAAUAAAGAAAGGCUUUAUACGAGGAAUCUCGUUUUUGACAGGAUUUGUUAUAAGACCUGUUAAUGGUAAAGGCUGUGAAUUAAACUAUGUUACCCAGUGUGAUCCAAGGGGAUCCCUACCUGUUUGGGUAAUAAACAAGUUCACGCAGAUAUGUGCACCAAAGCUAGUAAAGAAGCUGCAAAAAGCUAGUGUAGGAUACACUUCUUGGAAACAGAAGAACAAUCCUAACUACAAACCUUGGAUAAAUCCUGAACAAAUUUCGCUUCCCCGAAUUGUGUUAUUAGAAUGUAUAAAAAAUGAGUUUGACAAUAUGGAAGCAGAAGAAUUCCUUGAUGAGAGUGGAAUUGAUGAGGACAGCUUAAAAGGAAAAGAUUUCUUUGAAGAAGAAGAUUGAAAGUUUGACAGAGAUCUGUGAUAUAAAUGAUUCAAAACUGGUUUUAAGUGCUUGUUACCUUCACAUGCUCAUAAUGUGCAUGUGUAACAGUAAAUAGAAAAAGAUAUUGUAACUAAAUCUCAGAAUUGACAGAUAUCAGGUAAUUCUUUGAGUUUGUAUACUUACAAUUUUGAAAAAUCCAAGGCUCUAAAUUUCGAAAACAUUAGCUACCACAUAUUGAUUAGACAUCUUUGAUAGUCUUGCCCCCGUAAUUUUUUAUUUCUAAGCAUAUCAUAUUUAACUUUAUUUUCUUACUGUAGAUACAAAGAUUAAAUAUUUGUUCAAUGCAUGUACUUUACGUCGUAUCCCGAAAUCUUACACUUAAACUCCAGUUUGUUUCAGUCAUAAACCACAACUUGGUAUUUAAUAACUUCUACCAGAAGAAUUGCUAAAAUUCUUUGAUAAAGAUACAAUUAAUCGUAAUUAGUCUUAAAAAAUGAGCAACAGGCAAACUACAAAAAGCCCCUGUGACCACUCUGCCUUAGAUCGUUAGUUGGAUAUCCUUGCUGUUAGUAGUGUAUUCAGCUCUUAUGAUAAUGUUAGUUUUGAGUAUUCAAUGAGGCUUAUCUUCAGGGUAUGUUUUUUAGGAUACUUGUUCUUUAUUAAUAUUAUUUAUAUAUCUUAAAAAUCAAGAAUCCUCAAGGAAAUUAUCUUAAUAGAGUUUUCCUACUGUA